UCGGGGACGGGGUAAGUUGCAAGCUCCUGUCUGUUUGCUUGUCGAUUUCCCCUCCCUGUAUCCCCCUUCCCUUCUCUCUCUGCUCUGUGUGGGGGCUCGUGUUGAUGAUGUCCUUGCACAGAGGAAUCAGGGAGUGAGCAUCUCUCAGCCACACAAAUUGGCUUCCGAGUUCCUUGCUGCCUUGAGGAAGUUUCUCCGAUACCUGGCGCUUCAUGGUGAGCAGAGUGAGGUGGUGACACUCCUCUCCCUGACCCUCUCUUGGCUCUAACCCCGGAGUGGCUGUUCUCUCCUCCGGGGGCUGGAGCUUCUGGAUUCAAACGGCAAAAUGAACGGGACCUUUUUCAACCAGACUGUCAUGGAGCAAGGGGUGUAUUCCAACAGGACCCAGGAGCUGAGCACGUUGAUGGGCUGUUGCAAUGGCACCGGCUCCCAGCGGCGGCGGGUCCUCCGUCCUGCUGCCCGACGAGAGGAGCCUCUACAUUACACGGGUAGUGCAGAUUGCUGUGCUCUGCGUCCUCUCCUUGACUGUGGUGUUUGGGAUCUUCUUUUUGGGCUGCAACUUGCUCAUCAAGUCGGAGAGCAUGAUUAACUUUUUGGUCAAGGACCGCAGACCGUCUAAGGACGUGGGCGCUGCCAUCAUGGGGCUGUACUGAGAGGGUCUCAUUCCAGAGAAUGGUCUGGAAUUCCGGUGGAGAGGUGUGAUCCCAUGGAAACAGGGUGCCGGGUGUGGAAUCUGGACUUCUUGCAACGUGCUGGUGAACCGGGUAAAUCCACCCUUCUGUGCUGUGCUGAAUGCAAAACGGGCUGGCGAAGGGGACGGAGACAUCUCUCCGGGUCUGUGUGAAGCACACAAAUAAAAUUGUCAUCUGAUGUUGCAUGCAGAAAUGUUUUAUGCUUUGCAUGAAAACUUGCAAAAACAAAGUGAAGGUUUGGCAUCUGUUCCGUUGUUACCUUGGAUACUGGUUUCUGUUCUUUAAGCUUUUUUUCUUUUUUUAAACCCUCACAAAACAACAAAACAAAUUUAAAAAAAAAAGCAAAAUGUGUCGUGAAAGCCAAAUAAACAAAUUGUUUGUGGGGCUAGGGAAAGUGGGGUGAUCUUGGAGUCGUAAAGCCAAGACUGCAUGCUAAUGAAUGUGCCUGUCUCUUUCUAUUUCGGACCUCAAGCAUGGGUCAUUUUGUAAAUCGAGAGUUUUGUAACUGGAAAAGCAUGUUCUUUGGGGUUUUUUAGACGCCAGAGAUCUCCUUAAUAAUGUACCAGGAGUUUCUCUUUUUUUAAAUGAUUUUUUUGCCCAGUAUUGAAAAAAGAAAUGGUAAAAGAAAACAAAAGCAUGGCUUUGUUUUGGGGAUGCAACAACCUUUUUCGAAUGCAACAUUGUUAAGUCCUUGGUUUUUUUUUUGUAGUUUUUGAAAACCAGUGAAAGUUGAAGAAUCCCCCUCCCCAAAACAAAACAAAACAAAAAAACCUAUUUCAAA